AUAAUAUUUUUGUUAUAAAUAAAUUCAACAUUUGAGUUAUUUUGUUACGUAUACAUAUACAAAUGUUACAUUUGCUCGUUUUUUUAAUAUUAAUAUUGUAACUAAUAUAUACAAUCGAAUAGUCAAUGACUCACAUGAUUUUAUGUAUUAUCUCUUCCUCACUCCGUCAUCCCCUCUCUUCUCCAAACGAGAUAAAUAUAGACCCGGCGAAGAAAAAGGAAACGAACAAGAUGUGAGGAGUCUUUUGUCAGUGUCUACAUAAAGUAUACAAUUUACAGUAUUCAAAAAAUUUUUUACGAAAAACUUCAAUCGUUCACAAAAAGAUUCAAUGAAAAUUUAAGUUUUCAAUUUAAAAAUUCAUUAAAAAUUUGACAACAAAGAUGUCUCAUUUGGAGCGCAAGAUUUAUUCCAAUCCACUUAAAUGGAAGCUUAGGACAUUUUUCUAUCUAUUUUUUUUUAUAGUAACUUUAUACACGAUAGUUAUCCGUAAAUCAACGUACCAAAUAGUUGUGGAAAAUACCAUAAAAAAUUCAACUCCUGAACAAGUGUGGGAGUAUGUGAUAGACUUUAGUAACAUGAUGAAGUUGAAUCCUACAAUUGAAGAAUUCCGGAUCAUAAAUGAGAGUGGACCCCCAAACAAUUGGAAAUAUUCAGUUCAUUACAAAGAACAUUUAUAUUAUAUACCAUUUAUAAAAAAUGAAGCAACAGCUGAGUAUUCUACAAAACAUGGUGAAAAAGAUUAUUUUAUAAUAUCUAAUCAUGUUACCUGCUUUUUGAAAGGAUUUUUCUGUGUUGGUUCAGAUUCUGAAUUUAAAUUUUCCAGAAAUAACAGCGGAACAACAUGUACUGAGCAAGUAAAAUAUGAAUGUCCAAUGCUCUUUUAUUUUUUGUGUCGUGGAGAAGUUUUGUAUCAGCGACAUGAGAUAAUGAAGAGAUUAACUCAAACUUUCUCUCAUUAAGUUUAAUAUUUCAAAUAAAAUAUUAUAAAAAUAUUAAUGACAAUAAUUAGUCAAAGAAUUGAAAUAACUUAUAAAUAUUUAAAAUGAAUAUAUUAUU